CCGGCCCCUCCCGCACCCCCCACUCCUGCCCCCUCCUUCCCCGGCUCUCCGUGUCACCAUCUGUGGCACAAUCCUUCUCUGUCACUCUGCCUGCCACCCCCUCCUUCUCCUUCCUCCUUCCUUGCUCUCCAUCCCUGCCUCUCUCCGCAUCUCCUCUCGCCCCUUCUCUCCUCCCUGCCACGCAUUUCACAUCACUCUCCCUCAUUCUGGCUUUCCACCCACUCACUGUCUUCUCCCUCUCCCUCUCUCUCCACCUCCGACCGACCCCCCUUUCCCCUCUAUUCCUAUUGGCUUCCCACAGUCCCUGCUCCCCUUUGCUUCUCCGUCCACCCCCACCCUGCGCUCCUGCCCGCAGAACCCCCCCUGUGCCCCUACCCGCCCCCUCCUCCAGGACGUGUCCUGGAGAUGGGGGGGGGGGGUGACGCACAAGGCACCCGUGGGAAGUCAGGGCCGCAGACCAGAUGGGAGAGGCUCUGUGGGCAGCUGUGGCCGCCGCGGGCCUAGGAGGGGGAUCGGGCCGUAAGCCCUGUAGAAGUGGGCACCGCGUGGGGACCCCGGCUAAGGGUGCUCUGGGAGCUUGGGGACUGGGCAGGGAGGGGGGCAGCAGGAUGAUAACCAGCCUGGCGGCAAGCAGGGGAGCCCUCACCCCAUGGGCAGAAUACUGGGAUCGCACAACAGCCGAGUGUCAGAGCUGGAGAAAGCAGAUGCAUCAUGUCGGUUGGCCUCCUUGGCUCACGUGCCAGCUUCUCUGAGCUCCCCCUCCACGCCGGGCGCUGUGCUCACGGCACGCUCCCAUUUAAUCUUUACAACAAGCCCGGGAGGAUCUUACGAUUCCAGGGGUUUGAGCCCACGAUCCUAAGAGUUCAAGAGCCCGAAGAACAGCGAGGGAAGCUCUAAAUAGGCCAAUAGCUGCCCGCUGACCGCCACCACCCCCCCCUCGGCCAUGGACACCCCUGGUUUUCCUUCAUCGGCCCCCACCGCCUGGGAGCCUGGGAACGCCUCCUCGGCCUGGCCCCCGGAUGUCGCCCUGGGGAACGUGUCCGCGGCCCCGAGCGUGGCGGGGCUGGCCGUCAGCGGUGUCCUGAUCCCUCUGGUCUACCUGGUGGUGUGCGUGGUGGGCCUGCUGGGCAACUCGCUGGUCAUCUACGUGGUCCUGCGGCACACGGCCAGCCCGUCGGUCACCAACGUCUACAUCCUCAACCUGGCGCUGGCCGACGAGCUCUUCAUGCUGGGGCUGCCCUUCCUGGCGGCCCAGAACGCCCUGUCCUACUGGCCCUUCGGCUCCCUCAUGUGCCGCCUGGUCAUGGCCGUGGACGCCAUCAACCAGUUCACCAGCAUCUUCUGCCUCACGGUCAUGAGCGUGGAUCGCUACCUUGCCGUGGUCCGUCCCGCCUGCUCCGCCCGCUGGCGCACGGCGCCCGUGGCCCGCACGGUGAGCGUGGCCGUCUGGGUGGCCUCGGCCGUGGUGGUGCUGCCCGUGGUGGUCUUCUCGGGUGUGCCCCACGGCAUGAGCACCUGCCACAUGCAGUGGCCCGAGCCGGCGGCCGCCUGGCGCGCGGGCUUCAUCAUCUACACGGCUGCGCUCGGCUUCUUCGGGCCGCUGCUGGUCAUCUGCCUCUGCUACCUGCUCAUCGUGGUCAAGGUGCGCUCGGCCGGGCGGCGGGUGCGGGCGCCCUCGUGCCAGCGGCGGCGGCACUCGGAGCGCAGGGUCACGCGCAUGGUGGUGGCCGUCGUGGCGCUCUUCGUCCUCUGCUGGAUGCCCUUCUACGUGCUCAACAUCGUCAACGUGGUGCGCCCGCUGCCCGAGGAGCCCGCCUUCUUCGGCCUCUAUUUCCUGGUGGUGGCGCUGCCCUAUGCCAACAGCUGUGCCAACCCCAUCCUCUACGGCUUCCUCUCCUACCGCUUCAAGCAGGGCUUCCGCAGGGUCCUGCUGCGGCCUUCCCGCCGCGUGCGCAGUCAGGAGCCUUCUGCCGGGCCUCCUCCGGAGAAGACCGGGGAGGACGAGGGGGAGGAGGACGGUGAGGAGGCGGCAGGGGGGCGGGGGCAGGGGAAGGAGAUGAACGGCCGGGUCAGCCUCAUCGCACGGCCUGGCACCGGCGGGCAGGAGCGGCCGCCCAGCGGCACGGCCAGCAAGCAGAGGCAGUUCCUGCCCCGAGAGCCCACAGCCGGGGGCAAGCCGGGCGCACUGCACGCCAGCUGUCUGUAGGGGCCCGCGGGGAGGCCAGCGUGGUCCAAGCACGGGGCCGAAGCUGUGGGGACGCCUCGGGCAGGCCACCCACGGUGCCCGGGGCCCCGUGACGGGAUGUGUGGCGGCCUGGGCUCCCAUCCUGUGGCUGCUGAGACUCGCGGUGUGACCCUCGCGUAGGUCACUUUCCUUCCCUGCGCCUGGUGUUCUCUUCUGUGACUCAGGGAUGGGAGGACUGAGCCUGGCCCGGCUCUGCUGGACGAGAAGUCCGGAGGGGCAUUGCCGCGGGCCGACCUGCCUGCGUGGGGCCCGGAGAGCUGCGCACCGGCCUUCCCCCUCAAAGACAGAGCAUCCUGGCAGAUGGGCCCGGAUCUUGGCCCUCGGAGGGACGGACCGAGGUCUGGAUCGCCCGGGGCUCAGAGUCAGGCUCCCAGGAGAGGGCCUGGGACCCCAAAUAGAAGAAAGUCUUACCCAGUGCAGGGAGGGGUACACACUGCUCAGGCCCCACAUCAGCUCUCCCCCACUCGCUGCAAGGCCUGGGCGGGCUCUUCUCUCUGGGCCUUAGGCCUCCCUUGCUGAACAACCCAGGAGCCUCCAGGCCCUCUCGGCCCAGGCGGCCAGCGCUGGGGCUCCCGUGCUCCUGGACAGAAUUGUCCGGGAUUUUGCAGGACAGUCAGGCAGUUCAGCUUCGGGGCCCCUUACCCCUUGGGCCCUUCCAAGGCCCUGUAUCUUAUUUUGUACUUGUAAUUUUGUAUUCUUUUUCAUAAAGAGGGACCCCACACUGCAUACAUUUAGGCCACCUAAAGCCUGGCUCAGCUCCGUUGAGGGCAGCUGACCAAUCCCCAAAGCGGCUCACUCUGCGUCCCGUGGCUGGAGUGGGGGUGUCUCUGGGCGUCUGCGGGCUCCAGGAGCCUCCCCUUAGCAGCUACCCCCUGGCGUUCCUCCCCUCGCGGAGACCAAGGCAGGAUCCGGGCCAGGCAGACUGGCAGGGAAGCGCAGCGUCUCAACAGCGAGGUGGAGAGAAGGAGGGAGAGGAGGAGAGAGAAGGGAGGGAAGGAGGAGGAGGUGGGUGGAGGACAGAUCUGCUCCGUGACCUUGGAGCGAUCCUUGGCCCCUCUGGGCCGGGCUCAGGUGCAGCGUCCCCGAAGGCAGGCUGUGGAUGCCGGGCCUGAUCAAUCUCAAGAAAACGAUGCAGUGAGGACGGGAAAGCAAAUGGUCUGGAAGGCACAGCGCUGGCUGCCCGGAGGGCCUGUCUGUGCUGGUUAGGAGGGGCCGUGUCUUGAUGGAAGCCCCUCAUUCUCUGGGGCUACAGUUUGAGGAGGCCCAGGGAAGACAAGCCAGCGGGGCUUGGACAGGGACCACAGGGAGGGGCCGCCAUGCAAGGACUCUCUUCCGGAGAUAACCGUUUAGAGCCACAGUGAGGCUGGCCCUGGGGAGGGUGGUACUCAGGCUAAAUCCCUCAAUCCUCCCUCCCCCGCCCCCCGCGGAGGGCAGGGGGCUCCUCAGGGAAAGUACGCGAAACCACAAUGUGGGGAGACCUAGGUCUCCAACCCACCUCAGGAUCCUGCCUAGCCUUGACCUCUCUGGGCCUCAGUGUCUCCAGCAUAAAACGGAGGUUGUCCCGGCUUGCCUACCUGCUCAGAUCUGGGGAAGAAAAUGAGUCAUGCUGGGCAAGCCGCCAAGCACAGCGCGAAGGGUGGGGGUGGGGGUGGGCGCGCCACGUUAUAAAGUGGAAACGACCCCCAUGCCAUGCCAGGCUUCGCCAACACCUGCUCCUUCCGCCAGCGGCCUCUCUGGCUCUGGCUCUCGGAGGUAAGAAUACUGCGGGGCCCAAGACAGGAGAAAGGCUCCGGAGAGUCAGAGGCCAAAGACAGGCAGGGCUGGGGGAACGCGGCCCCCUCAGGAGGUCACCGAAACAGACUUCGUACGUGUGUUGGCGCUGGAGGCCCGGCCCCCAGUCUGGGAUUCCCCUGAUGAGGAUCUGGGGGUCUGAGGGAAGAAGGGCCCGGCCUCUCGGCAUUCCCUGGCCGGCCCCGCCUUCCUGAGCCCUGGGACAGGUGCGCCUCUUCUCCAAGGGCAGCUGGAAGGCCCUUUAGGGAAAUCCUGUGCGACUCCUCCCCCUAGUUCUUGUCAAUAAAGACAGUGACCCCCGA